AUUCCACCUCUGUUUCUGUUUUUCAGGGUGUGGAAAUGUUUGCUGCCGGCGGUUUUUUGACUGAAGACCAGUUUCUGUGCUCCAUCUGUCUGGACGUGUUCACCCAUCCGGUCAGCACGCCAUGUGGGCACAACUUCUGCAAAAGCUGCAUCACGCAGCACUGGGAUAUCAACUUCCCCUAUCGGUGUCCGCUGUGUAAAAAGGUCUUCUACGUUAGACCUGAGCUGCAGGUAAAUACAUUAAUCGCUGAGGUAUCUACUAGCUUGAGACUGUCAGCUCAGCAGGAAGCCAGAGGCAGCGGAUCAGAGCGGCAACACGCCAAACCAGGAGAGGUUCCCUGUGAUGUCUGCAGUGGGACCAAACUGAAGGCUCUGAAGUCCUGCCUGGUGUGUCUGGCCUCCUACUGUGAGACUCACCUGGAGCCUCAUCAGACUGUUUCAGGUCUGAAGAAACAUCAGCUGAUCGACCCAGUAAAGAACCUGGAAGGCAGAAUCUGUUCAAAGCACGAUAAACUGCUCGAGCUCUACUGUAAGACCGACCAGACGUGCGUCUGCAUGCUCUGUGCCAUUUUAGACCACAAGACUCACAAUGUUGUUCCCCUGAAGGAAGAAUGUGAAGGGAAGAAGGCAGAACUGAAGCUAACACAGGAUCACGUUCAGGCGAUGAUCCUGAAAAAAGAGGCUAAGAUUCAGGGGCUCAGAUCCUGCGUGGAGCUCAGUAAGAAAGCUGCAGACAGACAGAUAGCAGAAGGUGUUCGGAUCUACACUGCUCUCAGGGAGUCUGUUGAAAAAGGCCUGAACGAGCUCAUCGAGGCAGUCGAUGAGAAGCAAAGAACAGCAGAGAAACAGGCCGAAAGCUUUAUCAAGCAGCUGGAGCAGGAAAUCAUUGAGCUGACGAAGAGAAGCUCUGAGGUGGAGCAGCUCUCCCGCUCUGAAGACCACCUCCAAUUUAUCCAGAACUUCUCUUCCAUAAAAGCUGCUUCAGCCAUCAAGGACCGGACAGAAUCCAGACUGCAUCCACCCUCAUUUGAAGGGAUGGUGACGAGAGCUGUGAGUCAGGUGGAGAAGAUGCUCAGCAAACAGAUGAAGAUUCAGGUUGAGGCUGAUCUGAGGAGGGUCCGGCAGUACGCCGUGGACGUUACUCUCGAUCCUGAUACAGUGAAUCCCAAACUCAUCCUGUCUGAAGACGGAAAACUGGUGAACAAGGCUGACAAAGAGAAUAAUGUCCCAGACAAUCCAGAGAAACUCUCUGUUUGCACUCAGCAAAGCUUCUCUUCAGGAAGAUUUUACUAUGAGGUUGAAGUAAAAGGGAAAACUGAGUGGGCUUUGGGAGUGGCCGGAGAGUCCGUCAGCAGGAAGGGUGAUAUUCCACCGAGCCCACAGAGCGGCUGCUGGACGAUAUGUUUGAGGCACAGAAACGAGCACUUUGCUGCUGCUGCUGCUGCUGAUGCAGACGUUCAUCUCUGUCUGAGGGCGAAGCCUGAGAAGGUGGGGUUUGUGGACUAUGAAGAGGGCGUGGUCUCCUUCUAUGACGCUGAUGCUGCAGCUCUCAUCUACUCUUUCACUGGAUGCUGUUUCACUGAGAAACUCUUUCCAUACUUUAGCCCCGGUAACAAUGAUGGUGGAAAUAACUCCACCUCUCUGAUCAUCUCACCUGUCAGUCACCCUGAGUAG